AUGAGUGUGCCUCGGAACUGGAUCAAUCAUGGAAAACAACUGGAAUCGGAAAACGGACUAAAUUUGGGAACUUGGAACAUAAGAACUUUAAAUAAACCUGGAGCUCUAAAAUAUGUACUCGAAGAGCAAAACAAGUAUAAACUGGACGUAUUAGCUAUACAAGAGAUCAGGUGGACUGGUAACGGGAAUAUCAAAAAAGAAAAUAUAACUCUUUUCUAUAGCGGAUCUGAAAAUGGAAAACAUGAAAAUGGAGUGGGUUUUAUGGUACAGGACAAAGUACUACCAUGCAUAAAACAUUUUUCAGCAGUCUCAGAUCGGAUUUGCUACAUCCGAAUAGCAGGUAGGCUAUUUGACCUAGUCAUUAUAAACUGCUACGCACCAACGGAAGAUAAAAAUGAAGACAUUAAAGACAAUUUCUAUGAAGACCUGGAACGAGUAUAUGAUAGUUUACCGUUACAUUGUGUAAAGAUGGUAGUAGGGGAUUUCAAUGCGAAAGUUGGAAAAGAAAAUAGGUUUAGACCAACAAUAGGACCAGACAGCUUACAUAACAUCAGUAAUAACAACGGAACCAGACUGGUCAAUUUUGCUUCUUCGAAAGACCUUAUAAUUAGUAGCACAUAUUUUCCCCGAAAAGGCAUACACAAGCAUACAUGGAAGUCACCUGAUGGUAGGACGCAAAAUCAAAUAGACCACAUACUAAUAAACAAAAGACACGGUAGCUGCAUUCAGAAGGUGAGAUCGUAUAGAGGAGCCAAUGCAGAUACCGACCACUACCUACUGUAUGCAAAGUUCAUUCUAAGACUGUCAGUGAAAUGGAAAAUGGCAUCGAAAAAAGCCAGAGAAAGAUUUAACGUACAAAUGUUAGAAAAUAUCGAAAUAAGUAGAAAGUACGCCGAACAUCUACAACAAAACCUAGAAAUGACUAAUAGUCACAUAGAAAAGACGAAUGACAUGAACGUUUGUGUAAACAGUAGAUAG